GACCUUGCAAUGCAUUUCUUCAGCAUGUCUUACUCGAGAGCGCAGGUCAUUGAUUACACAGUCCCUAUGUUGAUUGAUGUCGGAAGGAUUUUGUCACGAAGAGGAAAAACCGAGAUCAAUCCAUGGGGAUAUUUCCUGCCACUCUCCCCUGUCGUUUGGUUGUGUCUAAUUUCUUCCUUGAUGUUAAUAAUGGCCUCCUCCUUUUUCAUAUCGGUCUCUGGCACUUUACCAAACGGCUCAUCAUAUGCCUUGGAGAACUACUUAAGGAUACUUUUAGGCCAAGAUUUCGACCUACCAAAUCCAAGGCAAUGGUCCAGGAGACUAGUAGUGGCUACUUGGCUAGUAGGAACACUAAUAGUGAUGAAAGCUUACUCGGGUAACUUGAGCUCCCUCCUAAUUGUCAGGUAUGUCCCUCAGCCCCACCAUUCUGUCCGAGCUGUUCUGGAUGACCCUCAAGUCACUGCAGUUAUGUCAGGUGGGGGAUCUUUCCAGCAAACGCUUGAUAGCAUCCAGUCGGGAGUGUUUAAGAGGUUAGCUGAUUCCAAAUCCACAGGGAAGCUAAUAUUCGUGAGUUUCUCCCAGUUCUACGAUAUCAUAAACAACGAAGUUUCAAAGGGCACCCAUGUGAUUUUAGGAGAGGACCUAUCGUUGAGGGUGCUUACAACUAAGCAUUUCUCAGAGACUGGGUCGUGCUUGUUCUACUUUUCGAAGGAGCAAUUCUUCUCUCAAAUCUUGGCUCCUACUAUACAGAAAAACAGUCCUCUCGUUGCGUCUAUUAACAAAAGAAUCCGCAAGAUAACAGAGAGUGGUCUCUACAAGCACUGGUUAGACCGAGUGUUUACCAACGCUUCCUCCUGUAACAAAGCUCCAUCUAAAAUUCUAGUCGAGUCUUCCCUUUCAUUAUAUAACGUUUGGACUACAAAAGCAACUGACUCCCUGGCACUUUCACCCCCUGUUCGUGACUGUGGAGUUGUGAACGUCUGGGAGUUCGCAGUAGUAGUCUGGGUUUAUGCACCUACAGACAGGUAA